UGAUCAGUUUUGCACUAUGGGAAAAAAAAGGAUAUUCAACAGCAGCAGCUCAUCAGGAAUGGAAGAAGAAGUGUGAGGCUGAAUGGAGUCUGCAGGGCGGACCGAUGCCCGACAGCGUAGACUGGAAGUCCGUGUAUGAAGCCAAGCCUCUGGGGAGAAACCUCCUGAAGAACCCUUCUCCUCACGGGUUGAGUAAGGACACCCCUCCACCUGAACCUGACCGGCCCGAAGUGCCCUCACGUGGGCCUCCACGUUUCCAGCCUGAUGGUGACUUCACCGGCUGGACCACCAACACAGAGAUCCUCCCCUAUGACACCAGUGGCAUCCCAGAAGGUGUUGUGGUGUGUCAUUUGCCUCAGUUCAGCUGGUUUACCAUGGAGCAGGUGCUGGACCUAAAGCAAGAGGGACUGUGGAAUGAGCUGAUGGAUGAGUUUCAGCCUGAAAUAGUGAUCCAAGACUGGUAUGAGGAGACUCAGCUGCAUGCAUCCAUCUACCAGCUGCAUGUAAAGUUACUGGGUGCAGACAAAACCACAGUGAUUUCAGAACACACUGUCAACCCCACUGAGCAGCUCAGCAACUACUCACACACAUGGAAGGAAGUGUCGCAUGUGUUCUCUGGCUAUGGACCAGGGGUGAGAUACGUUCACUUCAUGCACAGACUGAAGAACGAGUUCAUGAUGGAGUUCUACCCCACACUGUUCACUGGCAGCUCAGUCAUUGUCAGACCAACCAAAACCAGUUCCUAGGCUGAAACAGGGAAUGAUGCGAGUUGCAAUGUAGACAUAGUAGCUUACUCUACUAACCUGAUCAACACAUAGCUGCUUUUAGACUGGUUGUUGGACUGGUUACAAGGUGUGCAAUAAUUAUUUUUGUAUCUAAUUUUUAAUGCUGAUUGUUGGGGUUGAUUGUUCUUUGGGAGCCUUGAAUUAGUUUGGUGAAAUAAUAAAAUACAUUUUCUAAUUCCACAGUUUAUUUCUUUAAAGCAGUGAAUCCUCAGCUUGAAAAUCUCACCAAGAACACUAACAUGCAUGAAAUGAGCCUACAGUAUGCAAACACCAUCUAUGCACUCAGUGGGUAUUUCAGUCAGUAUAUAUUAUAAAAUAUAAAUGUUGGGUCCUGGACUGUGGGGGAUGAUCCUGUCCUAAAUGACUCAAAAGCCAUGAAUCAUCACAAAGAAGGAAAGCCCAUUGUAAAGGAAUCUUCUGUGCUCUCAUUUUUAUUUCUCAAGUUACACUUUGUAAUAAGGUAGCCUUUAUAGACACAUAACACAAAACAUUUAUUUUUUAUCUU